AUGAGUAAUAUGAAUAGCAUUCAAGAGGAUCAAUCUAUUCCUCAAAAUUUUAUGUCAAAGGAGGGCAAUACAUACGGGCAGCGAGAUUCCGGUUUUUUUCGAGGAACUGAAGACGCGAUGCCAGCUCCUAAAUUAUAUCCCAAACUAAGUGCGCGAUCAGCCACUACUCAAUAUCAGUUCAAGGAAUCGUUAAAUAAGCGUGUAAAUGACCGUCUACAUUCUUUAGAAAUGCAUCGGCCAUCUUAUGACGCUCCUAUGGCUUCAUAUUCUUCGGCGCCUUCCCAUGGUAGUACACCCCGACAAAUGCGCAUGCACCCACCUCAAAUUUUUCAGCACAAGACUCCCGAAUUUAAGCAUCGAAAACGAAAUGCAGAGUCUGUUGUCACGCCAAAAGCUCCUGUUACUUCGGCAGGUGUCCCUACGAAUAAUGCACCUAAUACUUCCACACAAGCACUCCGUCAGCCUGCUCCCGCUUCCUAUGUACCCUCAUCGACAUCAUCCUUUUCAUUCCGUCCACCAAAUACGAGCUCACAACCUCAAAUCGAUGAUCAAUCUGCCUCGCACGUAGCUUCGGUCAGUUCUCAAAAGAACAAUCCUGCCGAUUCCUCCAUGCAGGUUGCACAACCCGUCUCUCGUUUUGCGCCAGCACCUCCAUCGACAGAAUUAAGCAAUCCUUCGAUUCCAAAUUCCUCUGACUUACCUCCAGAAAUAACCCUUAGUGCUUCACAGAAGCAGCAAGCAGCACUGGAGGCCGAAGUAGAAAGCUACAAGGCGAAGCUGAAUGGCAGUCAGCAUGAAAUAAAUUCUCUUCAUACUUCUUUAUCGUAUCUUUCUGGCCAAUUAAUUGCGAUGAAUGAGCAAUAUCAACAUCUGCAAAACGAAUAUGCUGUCGCUUCGUCUGCUAAGGGUACUAGUCAAAAGCUUAUUGAAGCACAGGAAGAAGACAAGACAUCCGUCUCUAGUGUUUCUUCUUCUUCUUCUUCUGCAAAAAGGCAAACGUACACUCAGGAAGAUGUUGACAAGUUGCUUCAGGAACGAAUGGAAAAAGUCGCUGAAGAUCUUCAUGCUCAGUAUUCUGCUAAACAUACCCAAAAAAUUUCUGCUUUCAAAGUCAAUUAUGCGAAAAAGUAUGAUUUUACUAUACAAGAGCUACAACAACAAGUUACCGUUGCCGCUGCUAAUUCCAACGUUGGUGAUCCCUCUUGGGAAUUAGAAAGGAGAAAUCUGCAGGAGGACAACGAUACCCUUCGAAAACAAUUGGAAAGAGCUAUUCAAGAGCGCCAAGAAAUGUCUGCCUUCUUGGAGAACUUUAGAGCUGACAUGGCCUCUACUGAUCGUAGUUUUAUCCAAAAACAAUCUGAACAAACGGAUAACUUGAAUGUCUUGAAUUCUCAAAUUGAAGCUUUGCAAGAGCAGCUUAGAAUUGAACGAGAUGAACGUCAAGCAGUUAUUCGAAUGAGCGAAGAGCUUGCUCAAGUUAUAGAAACUCUUGGAACAAAGUAA